ACGAUGGAUGAGUGAAAAAUAGUUGACACCACAUAUUAGACCUACAUAUUACUGUCCUUUAUUCCUCUUAUGGCUACCAAAUCUCAGUUACUUUUACAUAACAAAAAGGCAUUUUCCUACGGUAAAAAGGAAUCUAUAUACUUUAGACACUAUUUUUGAGUGAAAAAAAAAGAAGCUGAAUCUACGACUAUGGAGAUGAAGCUUGAAGAACAAUUAGUGGAUAUGGAGGAAGAGAAAGGUGAUGAGAAACCAAGAGAAUUGUUUCUUGCAGAGCUAAAUCUUGUUUUAAUUCUUUCGUUUUUUUCAUUAUCAUCUGAAGAACGAAAAUUAGAGGAAUUGGAGAUUGAUAAUGACAAAGAUUAUCAAGCACACAACUUUAUUUCUAAACUAAAGUCCAAAAAACGAGGAGGAAUUAAUAAAUACAGGGCUACUGAUCAACAUGAAUUUCCCAGGUUCCAGACCAAGAUUAAGGAUUGCAGACACUGCAGAAGGAUGUGAGGAAUAACUUUGGAGCAAAGCAAGCAGAAAGAAACUCCCACAAGAGAAUGUCAUUUCCAUUUAUGGUAGAGGAAAAUGGAUGAGACAGAGAGAACAGAAUCUUUUUUUUAGAGAAGAUAGAGAAAACGAGAGACAUGCAUUUGCAUGGCAAACAUCUUUAAAUUAAGUUUACAGAAGCAUUCUUAAUACUUUCA